GUUACCUAGCAACCGUUAGCAAGCUGCCAUAAGCAAAUUCGUCGUAAAAUAUCAGAAACGAGUCGAGCUCGACAAAAAACGUCACGUUUUGACUCCUGAGAAAGCCUUCAGUCAAUAAAUUAACUUUAUGUGUAAUUGCCUUAUCAUUUUUGAUACUUUUUAUUGUUCAUUUCGCCAGGAAAAGAGGAAAACAAACUGCUAUGCUAACCCAGGAUGGACAAGCGAAUAUCGGCAAAGUGCUUAGCUUUCUCCGGGAGUGGGACCGAGGUGACACGAAAGCCCGCGGCCGUAUGUUGAACACUUUUCUGUCCCAGAACACAGGAAAGACGUUUUAUGAGCUGGAGCUAGGAUUUGCUCAGGUUGCUAGUUUGUUUCUGGCUCGGGUCACCACCUGGAUGAGACUCACGUAUCCUUUCCUUUUUCAGAGAUGUAACUAAACCUAAAUCUGUGUCAGCUGUAAGUAACACUGCCGCACACUGAUUUUGGUUGACUACCUAUAGAGAAAUAAGAAGUCCAAAGCAUACUUGAGCUUCAGUCCUUAACUGAGUAUUCAGAUAUAUGUUUGGGACAUUUUUGGGCCUGCAGCUUAAAGCAGUAGGAGUUUUUCUUUCAGCAUCAAGCCAGUAAGUGAGAUUAAAUACACCUACAUUCUUUGCACUCUUUGUAACAUUAAAUAUUUACAUGUGUACUCCCCUCUCUCUUGUCACUGUUGUUAUGUUAUAAAAAGGGGGAUACAUAUUGUGUCUCGGCUUACAUUUCAAAGCUUUGUAUGUGACCCUUUUCACCCCCAUUCCUCAGUGAUCAGUACUUGAAGGAGUUUGUGGAGGAUGGAGGUGUUCUCACGCUGCUGGAGAUCCUGGACCACUCUAAAAGUAAAGAGGAGGAUAAAACAGAGGCUCUCUGUCUUCUGCUCACUGUUUCAAAGUCUGGUCGAAAGUAUAAAGAGUUCAUCUGUGACAGCAAUGGUACAUUUUCCUGGAAUACAUACAGUAUAAUCAGUUCAUUGCGUACAAUUGUACAUGCCAUGCAGAUUAGUGUAGUACUACUACUACCCAACCAAUUUAACUACUCUCUAUGAACUGUUGAGGUCAUUUUAUGGUAUUUUCAGAGUUAUGUUUGCUUCUCUUUGGGUUCUUUGUUUUAUUAUUGCAGGUGUGAAAGCCAUAGCAGAGUCCCUUGCUACAUCAAAUACUGAUGAUUCCCAAAAGACAGCUCGGGCCCUCCUGGAGUCCCUGUCCCAUGGAAACCCCAAAUAUCAAAACCAAAUCUACAAAAGCCUGAUCGGGCUCAUGACUUGUACCUCUCCAAAGGCGCAGCAUAUGGUCCUGUACACCUUACACACAGUGCAGGUGAAGCAGAGAGCGUGCAUACUCAAUUUUAAUGUUUAUGCUUUGAAUUAGCUUUUUGAAAUGUAUAUUUUGUUUGACAUUGAGUAUUACCACAAUGAAAAAGAACAGGCACUUAUUCAAAGGAAAAAAAAUGUAGAUUCAACACCAUGGUACUCACUUUCAUAUCUUGUAGUCUAAUAUGAAAACAGCCCACCAAAGCAUUGUGGAACCUCUGCUGAACAUGCUGAGGUCUCUGCACCUUGAGGUUCAAGAUGCAGGUAAACAAAUGUCAGGUUUUGUCAGAUUUUUUUUUUUUUGUGGCUGUUUUUUUGUCAGUUUUUUGCUUUGCACUUGAGUGAAAUUUAGGGUUCUUUGCAGAUGUCAUAGAACCCUGUUUUUCUAAAACUCCUAUCUUUUUCUGGAUAUGAAUCUGGCAGCUUUAAAUCUUAUCCUGCUCCUUAAGUCUUAUGAUGUGAGGCCAGCGCUGCUUAAUGCACUGGUUGUCCUGCUGAGACCCAGUAAAGAGGAAAUACAGCAGCACCAGGAUACCAGGAUGGCAGAGGGUAAUUUUUUGUUCCAUAAAUAUUUUGUUUCUCUGGAAAUUUUUAGAUCAAAAAUUUAACAUUGCAGUAACUACUUUAUUUAAAAUGUCUGGCUAUUUUACUUGAAAUCCUACCAGAGUCUGAGAUAACCACAGUCACAGUAUCUCUGCCUGUGUUUGUGCAACAAGCAGCUGCAGCUAAAACUAUACGGUAUGGACUAAUGUGUAAAUAUUGCAAAAGCAAACAUAAAUCUAUCAUAACAACACAUAAUGUAAUGAUAUUUUAUAGAACAAUCUGUUGAAACAAUUUGAUGCAUGAUAUUUGCAUAUCAGUGUGCAUUAAUGUGUAUAUUUCUGUCUUCUUGAAGCCUGCUAGCUGAAAACAGUCAAGAAGUUUCUCAAGAGCUUCUUCCUCUCGGGGUGAUUCAGCAUCUACUGUUUGCUGUGGGCAACAGAGAACACACAGACUCUCAGAUACAAGCAAGUCUAGCCUUACAGGUACAUCCCUGUUUGCUCUCUUAAAACAGUCCUAGGUAAUGACUAGCUGAUUCACUUCAGCAACUAAGGCGCUGCUAAGUUUAGAUUUGGCGGUGGCAAAUUCUUUGAAAAAUAUUACAAAGUUGAGUUUUGUUAAAUGGUUAAAUACUGAUAAAUAGUUUUAAAAGUAAUUUUGUCACUUUUUAUGUCUCUUAUGGUAUAAAAGAGUCUUGCUAAAAUACAUAAAACAGAGACUCAGUACCCUAACGAAUUCUGUGAAUCACUGUCUAUUGUGCUACAUCACUUCAAUGUGCCAAAACACUGAUACAGAAUGUCUGCCUCUAUCUCUACCCAGCAUUUUACCUGCUCAUAUCCCACAAUAGGAGAACAUGUUAAGGGGUUCAUUGGCAGUACACUGUUUGCAGCCUUAAUGGUAAGCUUUGAUAACAUACUAACAUAUGGUGACAAUGUGAUAAGUCAAGGUCAAUACACAAUCUGCUAGAAGCUAUAAACUUACUAUCUAACGGAUUCAAUCUCCCUUUGUUUGCAGCACAAAGCUGAAACUUUGUAUAUGCAUGUGGAUGAAACACUAGCAGAAACUCUGUGCACCAACAACCUGAACAUUACUGAAGGUAAAGAAAGUAAUUUCUGGAGAUUCUCUCCUACGUUCAAGAAUUUUGUUGAUACUCAAUGUCAUGAUAAUAGCUUUUCAUUUGGAUGUUUGCUUUCCAGGUCUGGAUGGUGAUCAACCUGAAGGAUGAAAAGAAAAUAAUUUGUUGAAUGAUGUUGACGGUGACUGGAUCCCUAACCCCUAUAUAGGCGACCAUAUGGGGGUUAGCGCCAUUUUGAGGGGUGUCGAAACCUGAGUGAUCAAUUCCAGUGCCCCAUAUAGCCGACUCAAAAUUUCCCAUAGAGCAUUGCAAAAUGUAGUGACCAUCCAGAGUCACUCACUGGUGGUGGGCAUAACGUCAUGCAUUGUGUCUUGCCAUGUAGUGUCCGAAACCUCCGGUGAUUGAGUUCACUACAUAGUCAACUAUAUAGUGAAACCCCAUAUGGGGGUUAGGGGUUUUGGAUUAAGUGAUUCAUUUUGGACACAGCUAUAAUUCUCUUAGUGUGAAAAUCUAAAAGAAUACCUUAAUUGAAAUAAAAACAGCU